AUGGCAGACAAACAGGAGGCCAAUAGGUUAGCAUCCUUAGCUAGAGCUCAGAUGAAUGUGCAGAAUGACGGUCAACAAGUACGACAUUCAAAUCCUAAGGAUGAUAACUUGGGAGAUGAGGAUUUUCUAAACCCUGGAAGGCAAGAUCAUUGGCAGGUCCAGUAUGACCUCAAUGAUGAUGAUGAUGUUGGAAUGGAUGAAGAAGGUGCAAUGGGUGAAAUUAUUCCUCCACCAUUAUCUCCUGGGGAUAAAUUCAACAUUACGAGUCUUAUAAUGGAACCCAAAGGAAAAAUCCCCAAACCUACAAAGAAAGUGAAAAAGGGGAGUGUACCUCAGAGACUCUUUGAUAAGAAAUUUAAUUAUAAGGAGGAGGAGCCACUACUCAGGAAACAAAGGAAAAAUAAAAACCUAAAAAACCCUUCCCCACCUCCACCAAUUGAGGUCAAGGAGAGUAAACAAAGUGAUACUAAAGCAACACCACCACUAGACAGUAUAGCUUCUGAGCAUAUGGCUUCUGAGCAGCCUGAGUCUGAGCAUUUAAAGUCUAGGGAGCCUGAGUUAGAGCAUGUUGAAUACUCAAUUAUUGAUGAAUCUAAGGGUGAAAUUCCAUUGCUUGAUAUCACAGGGGAACCAAUGAAUAAAAAUAAGAAGAAGGGCGAGAAAAAAGGUAAGGGUAAGAGAGAAAGGCCUGAUAGUGACGAAAAAAGAAAAACAGAGACGAGACAGAGAAAGAAGGAUAAAAAAGAGGAGACAAAAAAGGUGAUAAUUAAGUCCCUCAAUUACAAUAAGAAAUGGGAAGAAGUCCUAAGAGCGAAAGACGUAGGUGUUUCAACUAGUAGGCCCCUAACAACUGCUAGGAUAGAUAUGUCAGAAUGGAGGGAGGAUCUCAAUGGAGAUAAAGCAGCUGAGGAUGCAGUAGCAGGAUCAGGGACCCAUGAUCCCCGUGCUUGA